AUGGACAAACAAGAACAAAACAUUUCAAGUAAUGAAGAAGAGAGCAUCAUUGUUGAGGAAGUGGAAAUCGUAGACUUGGACUAUUUUGAAGAAGAGGACGAAAAAAACAAUAAACCUCACCAAGUAGGAGUAUUAUUACCAUCAUUAGAAGAUGUGAUAACAGUCGACCAAGAAAUAAAAGAAAAUCAAAAUUUGUUUCAAUUGAAUUACAAAAGAAUAGCCAAUGAAAUUUCAAUUAUUAAAGGAGUAGAAGAAGAAAUUGCAGUAAAGGAAGAAUUUAUAGGAUCGAUUGAAAAUUUAAUUAAUUGGAUGAACUCUCAAUUUAAUAAAAAUUUGAUCGACAAUCAAUUAUUAAAACCACUUGUUGAUAAUAAUGAAUUUAUUAUUGAUUUAGAUUCAAUAAAUUCUUUGGAUGAAUUAUUAUCAAGAUUAGAAUCCGAAUUAAAAAUGCAAGAGGUUGACAUUGAAAUUAAAAAGGCCGAAGCAAUGUUAGAAGGUGUUGAAGAAUCGAGAAAAAAAUCUCAUGAUGAAUCUUCAACUACUCCAACAAGAAAUAAUAACAAUGAUAUAAAUAAUGGUGUUCCAUUAACAUAUUCACCAAAUUCAAGUAUGACGAAUCUCAAUAACACCACUACUCCUAUAAUAACUAAUGCAACAAAUGCAACUUCAUUAGUACCAUCACCUCCAUCGAUUACUACUUCUUCUUCCAUAACUGCUGGUGAAGUCAUAACCAGUAUUGUAUUCUCUUCUUCACUAUUAGAUGAAUGGUACACAAAAAUAGUUGCCGCUGAUGAAAUAUUUAAACAUCAAGUAUAUGAACAAGUUAAAGAGCUAAUCAGCCUCUAUCAACAUGAAAAAUUCAGAGCUCCAAUAAAUGUAGUUGAUCAUGUAAUAGAAAUAGUAAAUAACAUCAUCCCUCUAUUUAGUGAUAAAAUUUCUUCAAUUCGUCAAACUUUAUCUCAUGAUAGACAUAUAGGAAGGUGGUUUGAUAGUUUAAAUGAAUCAGACAAAUGGAUCUCUGAUAUAUCCAACAAAGUAAGACAGUUAGAAGUACCUGAUCUAAUAAAUAAACAUGAUUGGACUGAUGAAAAACAGAAUAUUGAAAAUUUUAUCCAAGAACGUUGUCAAGUAAUUAAUGAAAUAAAACAAGAUGUUUUACAAUUUGAAGAUGAACGUAUUUGUAAUUUAGAACGCAAAUCAAAUGAUCUCUAUUUAAUGAUCCUAAAUUACCAACCUUCCAACCACUCCUCCCCUAAUGUCACCAACACCAAUGACACAAACACUAUAUCAAACUCUUCAAUGAUCAUUCAAAAUCCUCAAGAGGAUUCAAUAGUAAUAGAAUUAAUGAAAGGGCAAUUAAAAAAUCUAAAAGAAAAAUUAUCAAAAUUAAAAAAUUCAAUUGAUAAUUUAUUGUUACAGACCAAUGUUGAAAAAAGUUUAAUGAUUAUUGGAAUUUUAGAAAGUUUACAAAGUUUACGUAACGAAAUGACUCAAAUUCGUAAAUCGAUCAUUGAUUAUAAUGAUGCUGAUAUGGUAAAAGAUGAUAUUAUGUAUCUUGAAGAAAAAAUAAAAAAUUUUGAAGAACAAUUACCUCUUGAAGCAGAAAACAAUUUAUAUUCUUCCUCUCCUUCAGAAACUUCCGAUAACAAUAACGAUGUUGAUCUGUCAACUACAACUACCAAUACCAUUACCACAAAUGAUGAUGUUAUUUCAUCAACUACAAUUACUACCAGUACCUUUACCACCAUAAUUACAGUAGCUAAUACUACUUCGCCCAGUUUAGUAAAGGCUUUAAAAAAUAAGCAUAAUAAAUUAUUAUCAACUAUACAAAAUAUUAAAAUUGCUUUGGCUGAAAACAAAUUACAAAUGGUUGCCUACUUGUCGCCCUCAUCACCCUCCUCUCCUAUUUCAGCCAGUUCUGAAUUUGAUCAAUUAAUUAACAUCAUUGAACAUAAUUUAGAAAAUUUCUAUACAAGAUUGUGUUCUCCCCCAACAUACACUUUAGACAGUAAAAGUAAAAAAUCUGAACAAAUUCAUGGUUUGACAUGUAAUGAUGAUCAUAUUGAAGAGUUGAAUGAACGCUAUGAUAAGAUAGAAUCUGAGUUGAUCACAUUUGAGAGAAGUUUAUGGGUGCAGUUCUGGUUGAAAUCUGAAUCUGCUAAACGAUUACAUGGUGAAGAGGUGGUCGAACAAAUCAAUAAGAUGGAAAAAAAAUAUGCAGAUAUUAAAAAUUUGAUUAUCUUGCGUCAAAAAGAUUUACAAAUAAUCAAAGAAGGCAGAGAAUUUGCAAAGGGUGUUAAUGCAAUCAGAGAUCAACUUGACAUUGUAAAGGGUAAGAUGAGGCGUCAAGAUACAAAGACUGAUGCCUCAAUACAGGAAUUAAAUUCUCAUAUGACUGAAACCUUGGAAAUGUUAAAGAAUCUUGAAUCUGCUUAUCAACAUUUGUUAUCUCCUGAUGUUGAAGAUAAAAGAUAUUCUGAAACAAUUGUUGAACAACAAAAUCAAUAUAAUUUGGUGCAAGCUUGGAUUGAAGAAGUAAAAAUUUGGUUUAAGGAAGCUGAACGUAUGCGUGUGUGGAUAGAUGGGCGUAUUGUAAUAUUGGAAAAUUCUCCUAAAUUUGAUGCUUUUCAAGAAGAUAAAGUACCUGCUACACGAGAACAAGUUGAUGAAUGGCAGGAUGAUUGUGAUAAAUUGGAAUUGGAAAUUGAGAAAUUUGAUGCUGAAGAUAUGACUAGAUUAAGAGCCCAUGUCAAAUCUAUCAUGGGUGCUAACACCUCUAACAGUGGUGAUGGAAGUAAUAGCAAUAGUAACACUCAGUUUAAUGAAGCAAUGUCACCUGCUGACACAAUGACAAUUGCCAUCACUCUACAAACACUUAAACAACUUGAUAAUUUAUUGGGAUUGUUGAAACAAAGAUUAAAUGACUUAACUGUGUUGUCACUCAGAGUACAAUGGGAACAUGAAUUUGCUAAAGCUUUAAAUAGAUGGAAUGAAUUGAUUAACAAUAUCAAAGAUGUUAUUGUAAAUAAAGUCAGAUGGAAACAACCAGUUGGUAUCAGAGAUGAUGAUGAAUGGCUCAUUGAUGCUAAUCAGCCAAACAAUAAAGAUCUGUUAAUUGAAAUAGAAUCAAUAGUUCAACAUAUAAAAAAAUUUAGAAGUAAAAAUAUACCCGAAACUGGUCAAAUAUUAGAUGAAUUGGUGGAAAACUCAUUGGUGGAAGUGCCUGAACAUCUACUUAUACGACAAGAAAACCUUGAGGAAAGGGACCUGACAUUUUUAAAAAAUUAUUAUGAUUUUUGCAGAAAAGUUUUACAACAACGUCAAGAAGUUUUAGAGUAUGCUCAAGUGAGUAAAACUACUUACAUUAAUGGGUUAAAAUUAAAUAGUGAAUUAAUAGAAGAAGAAAAAAAUCCAAAAGGUGGUUCUGUGGAAAAGGAAUUCAUAGCAAGAGUUGAAGAACUUGGUAAACAUAUUGAACAAGCUUGGAGUAAUAUUGGAGAAAAGGUCAUAUACCCACAUCACUCAAAUCAUGAUCAAAAUGAAAAUCAUCUGGUCAAGGAAGGUGUUGAUAUUUAUCAUCAUAAAAUGGAAGAUUUGAAACUCAAAGUUAAUAAAGCAUUGAAAGAUUAUCAAGAUGCUCUUAGACUAAUUGAAAAGGAAUUGCUCCAAAGAUCAGAUGAAUUGCUCAACAAUACUUCCAAUUUAGAAGACUGGGUUGAUAAAAGAUUGGCAAUACUUGAGGAACAUAGGGUUGAUCCAUUGACAACUGAAUGUUUGUAUAAUGAAGAACAAGUGAAAGAUCUGUUGAAAGAACAUGAAGAAUUUUUAGCUGAGAAUAAUAGAGUUGAUUUGGAUGAUAUUAAUCAAAUCAAAGAAGGUAUUGAAAAAUUAGUUGAGGACAUCAAGUCAUCAAAAUGUGAUGAUAUUGUUAAUCAGAAACAUUUACAUGAUGCAUUUAAAAAAUUGGCCAAAAAGUUUGCUGAACUACAAUCAAAAACAACAGAAAGACAAUCAGACUUAUCAGCAUUACAGUCACGUGCUAAUUGGGAGGAUCAGUUUGCUCCUGGAAUGCAAUCAUUAAAUGAUUUAAUUAAUGAGGUUGACAAAUUCAUUUCCGAAAAGGCCAGAUGGAAACCUGAUUAUACUACCCAUAGUGGUGGCAAAGCCACCAAUGACCCAAAACAAGGAUUAAGAAGUUUUACUGUAAAGAAUAUUAAUGAAAAGGAAACAGGUGAUGAUUUUAAUGAUAGUACAACCGCUUCAAUUGUUUCUGAUACUAUUCCAAUUUUGACUACAAUUCUAACAAAUGAUGAUAAAACAAUUUCAACUGAGAAAGAUACAGUAUCAGAUGAAAAGGACAUAAAUUCAAUUUCAGAAGAAUCAAAAAUAAAUCUGAAACAAGAGUUUAAAAUCUUGGCAGAAAAAGCAAAAGAAUUUCAUCAAAAUGUAUUGGAACCAUUGAAAUCAUCAAAUAAAGACAUGGUUUCAGCAAUCAAAAAUUUUUUAUCAAAGAAUUGCCCAAAACAUUUAUUGGAUCGUCAAUUGUAUUUUGAAAAAAAAUUUGAUUAUUUGAUGGAUAGAGUGGAGCUAUGUAAGAAUGUUUUGGAACAACAUGAUGCAAUCAAUGACUUCUUGAAUCAAGCCAAUGAUAUUAUUGAUUGGGUAAAUCCACAUUUAGAAGUUCUUGGUGAAAUAUUGAAUGAUUGCACUUUGGGUGAAUUUAGUGAAGAUAAAUUACAUGAUUUAUUGAUGGAAGUUAACAAGAUUGAAUCAGAACAACAAGCCUAUACUGUAGUACAAUUUAAAAAAGCAGAAGUUGAUGAUUUAUGGCAAGAAUUACAAGAUUCUAUACCAAAAACCAAACAACAAUUGGACCAAGCAUUACAAGUAGCAGAUUUCAAAGAGAAAAUCAGAGAAACACUUUUCAAGAUUGAAAAUUUAUCCAAUAUAAUAUCAUCUUCAUUGGUGGAUGAGGUGACCAAGGAUAACAUCAAAGAUUGGCAGAUUGAAUUGAAUGGCUUAGAACAGACUGAAUUGUUCUCAUUGAUUAAGCUACACGAUAAUGUUCAAGAGAGCCUUUCAAUGAAUACUGGUCCAAUCACUGAGAAAGAGUCAGCUGUUCUUGAGAAUUUAUUAAGAAAUGUUGCGAAUAAAAUUAGUGAUCUAAAGAAACAGAUGAACAAAAAGAUUGAUGAAGUUGAAUCAUGCAAUUCAGCACAAAUCACUACAUAUUUGACUAAGGUUAAUGACUUGCAAAGCUGGAUUGAACAACAAUUUGAAAUUUUUGUCAAUGGUAAAUCACAACAUGGUGUAAUGGUAGAAACAUCAGAGCAAACAAAUAAAGAAAAUCUUGAAAAUUUGUCUAUAAUAUUUAGUAAUUUCCAAAAGCAAUUGUCUGAGAAAUUUGAACAAUUUAAUAGUAUAAUAGAGGAAUUUAAUAAUAUAACAUCACAAGAAGGUAUACAUGAGUUGCAAGAUGUAAUUAAGUCACAAACUGAGUUGAGUAAAUUGUGGGAGGAUUUGGAUCUAGGAUCUAAUGAAUUCAAAGAUUUCAUCAAUAAAGUUGGUAAAUGGUAUGAUCAACAUGAUAUGAUAUAUCGUGUAGAAAAUGAUAUUUUUGUUGGACUUGGAGACCCUAAAAUUGGUGCUAAUCACGUACUUGAUGUUGAAAAUGAUAUUUUAGAUAAUACAAAUCGUCAAAACUUUAAUAAACAUCAUAUUGGUGCUGCUGCACAGCUUACUGAAUUAUCAAAUCGAUUUCAAAAGGCAUUAACGGAAGCUCAUAAUGCUUCAUUAUUGGCAGCAUUCCGUGCUGAUGCUGAUAGAGUCAUUGGCUCAUGUUUGGAGGGUACCUCAAUAGUUAAAUCAAGACAUGAGGAGUUUAACAGCACUGAAUACUAUUCACUAGAAGCUGACGCAUUAAAAAGUUUGAUUAAUGACUCUGUGAUUGGAUUUUCAAAUAGUGAAGAAACACUGGAGAAAUUUGAAGCACAAAUUAAUGUUAAUUUGAAAGCUGAGGCUGAUAGAUUGAUUGGAAUGAAUCCCGAAGCAAAUAAAGAUCGUGUAUUGAAUAUAUUCAAUAAAGUUACACAAGCAUUGGGAAACUAUACAAAUAGUAUUUCAGCUGAAAAAAAUGAAAUUGAGACGGCCAGAAAAAUUUAUCCGCAUGCCAAGGCAUCAGAAGAUGUCAAGAAAUGGAUUUCAUCUUGUAAAAUGGCUGUAUUAAAUAUCCAAGCUGGUGCUUUAGAUCAAGAAAGAGAAAUUAAUGAGCUAGAAGAAAAAGCAAUGAAGUUUCAAUCUACUGUUGAAGCUUAUAGAGACAUGAAAUUUGAACCUAAAAUUAAAGAUGCAGUAGAAGCUAGAACAAAUAAAGUAUUAGAUGAUUGGUGUAUGUUAACAGAUUUAUUGGGUAACUUAAGAUCAAGUUUGAAUGCAUCCAAAGAGGCACAAGAAGUCUCAAGAGCCAUCAAAGACAUCUUGGUAUCAAUCGGCCAAGUGAAAGAACGAGUUUUGAACGUAGAGUCAUUUUUUAUUGGUGAGGGAGUACCAAGAUUGCCAACUAAAGAUGAUGUUGAAAAUAAUCUAAAGGAACUUGAUGAAAUACAAGUUGAAGUUGAUCAUAUACUCGGACUAAGAAUUGAAUCAUUAGAUGAAAUGAUUGGUAAUUUAUUAGAGAAUGAGACCAGCUUUGUUCAACAACGUUCAGGUAUAGCAGAAGCAUUAACAAAUUUAGCAGGGAUAGUGUAUAACAAACGAUCACAGUUACAUGAAGCAGAGAAAUUGGCAAUAUUUGGUUCUAAGGCAGAUGAAAUGAAUGCAUUGAUGAGCUCACUGCUUGAACUUGUUGAUAUAACCACUAAAACAGAUGAUGGAUCACCAUUAUCAUCAUUACCUAAAAUAGAAUUGAAUACAAGAUUGACCGAAUUGGAAACAAAAUAUGCUUACUAUCAGCCUAAAACAGAUCAGAAAUUAGAAGAUGCAAUACGAGUAUCAGAACCUGUUAAAGAUGAUUGGCGAGUCUUGGAUCGUUUGGGAAUUUUGAAAGAACAAUGGCUAGAGUUGAUUGAAAUGGCAAAUGUUAAACAAGAUGAAUUAAGACGAUUAUUGUCUGGACAAAAGGCUAGGACUACAAGACAUGAGAGAUCCAAUUCUCAAACACUAUCAACAGGUAGAGCAUUUUCACCAAACAGAAACACCAGAUCAUCAUCAGCAAGACCUCCAUCACCCAGGAAACGUGGAGUGGUAUCACCAGGAUUAAAAUAUCGUCAAUCGUCAUCCAGACUUAGUCCAUCAAACACACCUAAUAGAUUAACACCAAGUCCAGUGCCAGGAUCACCAGGAUCACCAAAGAGACCAGCAAUAAGACUAUUGCCACAUACAGUUAAUAACUAUAUACCUGAUAUAAAAGACCCUUUGGAUGUUGAACUAGCAAGAAUAGUUAAUGCAUGCCCAGUGAAAAUAAAAGUUACCAUGGUGGAAGGUGAACCUGGAAGAUAUAUGUUUGGAGAGAUUGAGCCCAAAAUUUGUUAUUGUCGUAUUUUAAGAAGCAGAAUGGUAAUGGUUAGAGUUGGCGGAGGAUGGACUGAAUUGUCAAAGUAG